UAUAUAUACACAUUAUUAGAAUAAAGUCUAACAUUAAAGAAUAUAUAUUUUAUGUAUAGAUGUUUAAUAAUUAGAAAACUAGACAUUUUUGUGUAUACGUAUCAUCACGAAAUGAAUCAAACGCAAGAAGUGUAUGUCAGAUAACAACGAAGAGUCAUUUCUCAAGUCAGUAAAUCUUUUCAGAGAGAUAACCCAAAGAAACCUUAGUGGAUGUCAAAUUAUAAAAUAAAUAAUAUUAAACAAAAUUUUACUAAUGUUCAUGGAAGGACUGCAGUUGACCAGUUUCAAUCAUCAUGUGUGUAUCUUGAGUGGAUUGUCUCGGAUCUGUCUUUAAUAAAAUCUUACUUGCAACUCGCCAAAUGAUAUAUUAGGCAAAACCCUUGAUAUCUACGCGAAAACUCGAAUUUGAUCCCUAAUCCUUUAAAUAUCAUUGGGAUUUUCAUCAAAUCACUGAGUCAAGAAAGCAGUCCUUAAUAUACAAAAAAACAAAUUUUAUACAAAUCUAUUAACCUUCAGAGACAAUUAUCAUAUUGAGUAAUGUAUCAUAAUAUUUAUUUAAUACUAAUUAUUCAUUUAAUGAUAUUUAUGUUAUGUAAAGGAAUUAUUCUUACAGAGAAUUAUCGUGAACAUUUAAUAGAUUGUUUACAAUUAUGUCAAUAUACAUUUAUGACAUGUGAAUAUAAAUGUUUUAAAAUGAAUUUUUGUAAAAUUAUUUGUGAUAAAACUUAUUAUGAAUGUGAAAAAUCAUGUUAUAUUGAAGUGUUCAAUACUACUGAAACAUUUUGAUUUUUGAUAUAAAUUUUAAAUGUGAUUUUGUUAUUCAUUUGAGAGAUAAAAAGAAAAGGGGGAAUAAAUUGUUAUUAGAUAGAAC